UCAUAACAUACUUUGUGGAUUCUGUCAUUAUAGCUAGACAGUGUCUGAUCUGACCUUACACAUUCUUUCCCUCUGCAAGGUUUAGCAUUUACGGUUCCUCUCACACACAAGGGCCUUGUGGUCCAACGUCGUCCGCCAUGGCCACAGAAGGCAUCCGAUUCCCCAUGUCAAGGGACUUUGCAGAUACGCACGCGCAACCCCAUUACAUCGAUGACGCGCUAUCUGAACGAACGACCGUCGAACCCAUCCACCGAGUCCCCACAGCCGAAGACAUUGUCAACCUUCCCACCCGCACGCUCUCCAACAAUGCCGCCCUCGAAGAAUACACCCAGGAAACCGUCUCAGGACAGAUGAUUCGAGAGGUUCGAUCCAAUGCCGGCAAGGUUGAGCGAUACGAUCUCGUCACGUUUGUCGUGGAUGAUAAGGAGAACCCCAAAAACUGGAGCAAGGCGUACAAGUGGUGGUGCACCAUGUGUGUUGCUAUAACUUGUUUCGUUGUAGCCUUUAACUCGGCAGUCAUCACGGCGGAUCUUGAAGGCGUAUCUGCAGAGUUUGGGGUUAGCGAGGAGGUUGCGCUCCUUACUAUUACGCUUUUCGUCGUGGGUUUUGGUGUCGGGCCUAUGGCAUUUGCACCUGCGUCAGAGAUCUGGGGUAGGAGGCCUGUAUAUGGUGUUACGCUUGCCCUUGCGGUCAUCUUCACAAUCCCCGGUGCAGUGGCGCAAAACAUUGGUACUUUGUUGGCUACGCGGUUCAUUGCUGGUGUAGCUUUCUCAGCGCCCAUGACGCUUGUGGGCGGUACAUUGGCGGACAUGUGGAGGGCUGAGGAGAGAGGUGUCCCGAUGGCAGCUUUUAGUGCUGCCCCCUUUAUUGGACCUGGUGUUGGCCCGUUAGUUGGUGGAUACCUCGGAGAAGCUGGUGGUUGGCGCUGGCUCUACUGGAUUCAACUCAUCCUCAGCGGUGUGGCGUGGUUCCUCAUCACAUUCACGGUUCCGGAGACGUACGCACCCAAGAUUCUCGCCAAGAGGGCGGAGAAGAUGCGCAAAGAGACGGGCGACGACAGAUAUAUCACGGAACAAGACCUCGAUAUGCGACCCUUCAGUCAGCGCCUCCAGCUGUUCCUCCUACGGCCGUUCCAGUUGCUCUUCCGCGAGCUCAUCGUCUUCUUGAUCUCGGUGUACAUGUCCGUUCUCUAUGGUCUUUUGUACAUGUUCUUUGUCGCCUAUCCAAUCGUAUACCAAAAGGGCAAGGGAUGGAACGCAGGGUCAACUGGCCUGAUGUUCAUUCCGCUUAUCGUUGGUGUUUUGCUCUCGGCCGCAUGCGCGCCUCUCGUCAACAAACACUACCUCAAGCUCUCGGAGAAGCACAAUGGCCACCCACCAGCGGAAGCACGCUUGAUACCCAUGAUGUGCUCAUGUUGGUUCAUUCCCAUUGGUGUCUUCAUUUUUGCCUGGACCAGCUACAAAGACACUCACUGGGCUGGCCCUGCAUUCGGAGGCGGAGCGGUCGGUUUCGGCUUCAUUUUCCUGUACAACUCGGCAAACAACUACCUCGUCGAUUCGUACCAGCACCAGGCCGCCUCUGCCUUGGCUGCCAAAACAUUCCUGCGUAGCUUUUGGGGCGCGGGCGCUGUGCUCUUCACGAACCAGAUGUAUGACCGCCUCGGAGACCAAUGGGCAAGUUCGCUUCUCGCCUUCAUUGGCCUUGCGUGCUGUGCGAUUCCUUUCCUCUUCUACUUUUAUGGAGCACGGAUCCGGGCGCGUUCGCAUUACGCCUACAGUGAGGAGGCAAAGACCAAGGAUGAGAAGCAGGUUGCAUAAGUGGCGAUGGAGUAAGACGUGUCACGUGACGUAUACCCACGGUUAUCGAGCAGUUCAUUUCUGUAGUAGUGCAUUGCAAGGCGUUUGGAGGGGCCGGCAUACCCCUGUCCUGUGUAUAUUAUAUUAGCACUGAGUAAUUGUUUCCAAUCCGUAAAUAAACCUGUCGUUUCACAUUACGCUGCCGUGGCCAAGUGAUGGGCAAACGCCGAUGCUGAUGCGAUUGCUGCGAACUGGCGUGUUGAGUCAUGAACUAACAUGGUGGACGCGUGUAAGCAAGGCUUGGUGAUGUC